ACCCUCCUUACAGAAAUGGUACAGGCGGUUGCUAUCCUCGUUCGCCUGUGUUGCUGUUCUCCAGCUGAGGCUAUUGACUAUGGAGAUGUGCGCGAGCUGAAAAGUAACGGCAAUUCUGAUGUCGAGCCUGACUUUAAUAUAAAUAUCGCCAAUAUGUCCGGCUUAAAUAAAACGACAGGAAAGUCUUCUGUGGUCUGUUCGCCUGUAAGCUGUUCACGCUUGCGGCAAGUUCAGGCUCUCCUGAAGGCUGGUGGUGAAACCGUUCCAGAUGGCAUCCUCUGCUCACUGGGUAUCGACAGCCGUUAUAAUGAGGGCUGUAGUGAGUUGGCCAGCUACCUUUUCUUUGGUCUUUAUCAACACAACCAGAAGCAACUCUGUGAGGAGUUUCCUGAGGAGGUGCUGGAUGAUGUAAUCCUUCUCAUAAAGGCAGAGAGUGUGCACCUGUAUUGUAACCCUGUGAAUUACAGCUACUUGCUUCCUUACAUUUCCCACUGGAGGAAUCUACACCUUCACUGCAUGACUGAAGCAGAGUACGAGGAUGAGGAAGCCACAGAAAAGUUUAAAAUCUCCAGUUUUGUGUCCAUGGUUGAUGACUGCAGUUACAUCGGAAUCCCCUACAGCUCUCAAAGUCAUGUGCAGAAGUUUGAUAUGUUCAUGUUAGAGAAGUGGCCCAUUAUUCAAGCAUUUGCCCUGGAAGGAAUAGGAGCUGGUGGGUUUUUCACCAUGAAAUACAAGCUGACUGAUAUGAGCGAAAGUCUUUGGAAGAUUUACGGAAGACUAGACCCAGUGUCUUUGGACUAUCUGCUCAAUGAGGAUUUGCUGUUGUUUGAGAAGCAGUGGAGCUGCUUGUUUAACAUUGUGAACACAGAGAGCCCACUGUCUAUGCAGGAGAUGUCAGAGGCUCAGACUGCAGAGUCAUUCAGGACCUAUUACUCCCAUGGUCUCAUUUCAAGUAAUAUCACAGAUAAAAGUAAAAGCAGGCAACCAUAUGUUCUGUUUGGGAGUCACUCCUCCAAAGAUGACCUGGAAAACUAUUGCUUCACCUUCCCCUCUGAGGGCCACCAGGUGCGCAACACAGGGCCUAGUGGGAGUGCUGCGAAACACAUGCUGCUUCAGUGUGUGGCUCCUAAAGGCCCACUGACGUGUGCAAGAACAUAUUUCUUUGGCAGCAGUCAUGUCCCAUAUCUAGGAAAUGACAACAGCACCACACAGAAGUCAUCAGUGGUGCUGCUUACACAGAUCUACACAGCUGCUGUUCAGUCAGUGCUGGCAGGAAUAAAAUGCUUCUCCAUCAACUCCAGCGCUUGCAAGGCAAAGGAUGUUGCAGAGCAAACAUUUCAUCUGGCUUUGGAAACCUUUGGGAUGCUUCAGUACAAGAGUGCGCUCAGGUCUAAGGCAGUAUUUACCAUUGAAGCUGUGAACAAUGUAGGCAGGGUUAUACCUCUCAGUGAUCAGCACAGUCGCUUUCUGGUCAAAACUGCCUCCAUGGUGGUGUAUGAUAUUCCAGAUCUCCAGCAGGGGGGAGGGGAUCUGGGAUCUGUAGUCUUCUCUGAAUCCUUCCUGGAGUCUAGCAUCUACAUUCAGCAAGGGGAUGGAGCACUUCUGUCAAACAGCUGUUUCACUCUGCUUACCUCUUCAGUCCCUCGCUAUAUUUCCUGGCUGGUGGACGACUCUGAUGUGAGAUUGUCUGAGCAAGCUCUGAAGUUGUUAAAGGAGGGGAAUGGGACUUGUAUAGGGGUUCCUCUAACAACAAAUCACUCAGCACAAGUGUUCUCUAACAGUUUGCUUUCUACACCUGAAGAAGGGAAGUUGGUGUUUUUUUCCGAGGGUUUAUUGAUUGUCCAUCCACAUUAUGGCAUCGUCGUUCUCUCUAAGAAUCACAUCAGAAGCAUCAAAGUUUAUGAUGGGGGCUCUUUCUCCGUUGCUACCAUGCUGUUUAUUGAGUAUGAGACCUCUGUGCUUCCACACCUUCCUUUUCCUCUACACAGCGCUGAUUGCUGUAUAGCCAUCGCUCUGAUGCCCAAAACCAAGGGUUACAAAGAGUUUUACUCACAGGUCCUGCAGUUUUGGAAUAAGCCUGAUUCCAAACUCCAUGUGCAGCAUGUUUCAAAAGACCAGCUGGGUCUGGACCAGAUGAGCAUGUACUCCAGAUUGCUGAAGCUUCAAGAGGCAGUAAAUACCAAAGCAACCCUGAAGACCGCUUAUUCAGACCUGCCAGAUAUGGACCGGUUUCUGAAGCACUUUGCUAUCAGUAGUAGCAUCGGUGAGGAGUCUGUGAACAGUGAACACCUAGCAGCCCUAUUCUCAAGCACACACCCCAAAUCAGCUAUUCCUGAGUCAGAGAAAAAGGUGGCCCUUUCAAUCAUAACAGGCUUACCAGGCAGCUAUAAAGAAAGUUUGUGUGAUUUUUUGGUGGAUGUGAAUCAGGAAUGUGGCAGGUGGGAGGUGUACCGCCCUGAUCUGGACUCAAAAGAGCUAUGUGUUCCACAUCUCCAGAGGUUCCUGAGUAGCCUAGUGGCCAAAACAAGUGAUACAUAUUUUAACGCACCAAGGGUUCUGCUGAUGACACCAGGGUAUACAGAUGUGCUGGAUGUGGUUCAAGCUGUCAUUUGUCAUCCAGACCCACAGGUUCAAAGCAGAAUCUCUUUGGGUGCUGUCACAGCCUGCGUCAACCCACUAACAUCCUUCAUGGAACACAGGCUUCUCUUCCCCAAACUCCUGGAGCAGUGUGGUCACGGUGUAGUGAGUAAUGUGGUGUUUACGGGUUUGACCACAGAGCAGAAACACCCUCUGUUGAAAUACCUGCAGCAGCUCAUCCGUUCAGCGAAUCCCAGUGCAGCGUUUAUCCUAGCUGAGAGAGGAGCUGUGACCAGGACAGAGGAUAUGCGGCUGAUUCUGAGUGACAGCAGAUUUUAUCAGUCUCAGAUGAUCAGAACUAGAUACCUGCUCUACCCUGGCUGGUGGGAAGGCAGAUUUGUUUCUGGUUGUGGAUCUAUAGCAAUGUCCCAACACUUUGUACAGUUCAACCGUCCUCUAGAAAGAUCCUUAUUUCUGCACUGCUGCAAAGGAUUAAAGUCAUCCCUCAGAGGCAGCCCUUUCACAGGAAACAUCUAUCACAUCAGUGGGAAAGUGCUCUUUUCCGAUAGUGAAAGGUUGUGGGAGGUGAGCUGUAACUCCAUCAGUGGAAAUGUGUCUAUGGCCCUUGAUCAGAGCUCAACGUGUAGCCCCCAAAUAACACAAACUUGUUACCUGCUGAUGCAUGGGGUAGGACUCACCCACAGCGGACUGAAGGACUGGCUCAGACAGUGUGCUAAACAGAAAGCACCAAAGAAAGCAAAGAAGACCAGAAACACUCUUACACCACAGGAGAUCAGAAAUAUCCAUGUAAAGAGACACCUGGAUCCUCUCCCUCCUGGUUACUUCUACAAUGGCUAUCAGUUUGUCAGUUUCUUUGGAGAGAGGCAGAACUUCCAUCCUUUAAUGGACCAGUUUGUAGAGGAAUAUCUCCAGGAGGCCAAUAAUGAGAUUGAACGCUUUAACAGUGAGCUGGACCUGUAUGCACCCAGAGAUCUCUUUGACUAGAGUUCUUCCUCUGUCCUGUUUACCCUGGAAGGGGUUUCACUCUAGGGUCAGUGAUGUCGAAAAUAAUCUGUUCACUAUACUGUCCACAUAAUGUUAAGGGGAUAACAAAGACACUAAGGGAAGGGUGGGGUUGGCCACUUCAUAAAUCUACACUAUAAAUUCAGGGAAAAACCACUGCAGUGCAGAUGAUGAGAGAUCUUCACCCAUCUCACUACCACGCUCUACUAUAUCCUGCAAGACUUUUCUUCUGUAAAUAGAACAUUUAAUGGAAAGAAACUAAGUGCAUGUGAACAAGAGAAAUCAAAGCCUUAUGCUUUAUUUAUAAUUGCAGCAAUUUGUAAGCACAUCUUAACUGUCUUUGUGCACCGAUGCCUUUAAAUCAAGCUUCUCUACUCUAAUGUAUUAAUCAGUUCACACACAUACCUAUAGCUCUGUAUGUAGGUUUAGUAAUCCUGUGAUAUAAUAAUCAUAACAGAUAACAAAAGUAUUCUUCAUUUAAAGUUCUCUCUUUCUAGUCAACUUCACCAUAAUGUACAUAACAUGAAUAUAUGUUAAGGAGAUUAACAUAGUUCCACUUUACACAAAGAGUAAGUGCAAGGAUCAUAGCUAAAUGCUAAUCGAGUUUGUCAGCAGGGGAAAACUUGCACUAAUAGUAGAUGCCUUAGAAGCCCACAUCUAGGGGUGUGCAGAUGGGGAGACAGAUGUGAUGUUCCAUCAGUGUGAAGACUCCAGCUGUGGAGCUGUGGUGAUCAUCUCUCAUCUAUGCCAUGUCUCAGCCAAUCAAUGACAUUAGACUGAAGUGGCCAAACUGAAAAAAUCCACCAGACAGGGUGGGGGGUUGGAGGUUACGGGAUAUCCCAUUAUGGGCAAGAUGGUUAGUAGAGUUUUAGUUGAGUGGGAGGUUGGGCUGGAUAAUUAAAAUGUGGGAUGAAGGUUUUUUGUCAUGCCAAUUUUAACGCGUGUAGGGGGUUGAAGCGAGUCGUAUAUUAACUUUGUUUGGCUAAAUUGUGGUUAAUGUGUGUUUAUUAAAGCCUGUAGUGGAGAAUCUAAUAUGUCUUGUUUGCAGGCAGAUUUAGCUCUUCACCUGUGGUCUCGAUCCUCUAUGCAUGUUUACUCUCGCUAAAUAAGCACAGCAGGGGAAAAGCAGUGUCAUUCUUAAACAGGCAUUCUUAUAUUUGACUUUUCAUCUCUAAAAAACGAGUAUAAAACAAGAAGCCAAUAGUAUAGUGCUUCAUAAGCGUAUAUUAUAAGAAAGAAAUGUGAAAGGGGACGGGGACGCACUUCCAAAGAAAUUCAGAUCCUGCUGCUCCUCUCUGUGCUGCGAGAAUAAAAGGUAUAGUAGUGGAAUUCUAUGUAGGUGUUAGCACUCUGUGUGCCCAAGUGUAUUCUCACCUUAUCCAGUAUAAGAGUAUAUAACAGUUGGUCUGGUCAUUGAUAUGCUCGAGAGGUGUGUUACUGUCACUGUUGCUAUGGAGAUUUACAAUUUGGCACACUUGCCACUAUCACCAUGGUGACUUACCACUUCGUACCUUUUUAGCAAUCAAACACAGUUUGCUUCAGGAUAACACACGUGUCUUAGUAUAAACUCUGUAAGUACAGGUUAUUAUGAAGAUGUGGGUCCACUGUGCUGUAAACGGUGAAGUCAGAGCAGGUUGACUGACAGAGCUUUUUCACUGAGCAGUGUCACACACACAAAGAGCAGCUGUCCUGAGGCUAUGGGGCUCCAUAAGGCUUCUAUAAUCUGUAGUUCAGAGUAGCAGUCAUUUUUAGCACAUACUAUCUGCAUGUGUUAAUAUGUCUUACUGAGGUAUAUUUAUAUUUAUAACACAAAUGCCUUUCACCAAACUGGUACAACAAAGAGAAACAAAAGCUCUAUUUUGCAUAUCUAAAGAGAACUGAAUUACCUAGUGAGGAAAAUAUGUAUUUUUAUAAGGCUGUGAAUUUAAAAUGCAAAAAACACUGAUUCAAUUAGGGGUAUGUUUUGCUCCUGUAACUUAUUUCAGAGGCUUCCUAUUAGGCUAACUGAAGUGCCUUGGCCAAGAGGAACAGAGCUACGCACCAGUGUUGGUGAAAGGAUAAGCAGAGUGUUAUGCGUCUUAUUUGUGAAGGGUCAGAUGCUGGCUGGCAAGAGGGCACUGGAGGGCAGCAAAUCAAAACUUUAAACAAAGACACAUCAGUGUCAGGAUAAAGCAUAUGUCUGGAUUAUAUGAAAUGGAUGUUCUUAUAAAGACAUCUUAUUUAAUAGUUGGAUGAAUGAAUGAAAAUUUGGCAAUAGGGUUGGUCUUUAAUUUUCUUUUGUAGACCCAAGUGAUGCCCUCCAGUCUGUCCCUAUAACUCUGUCUGCCAGCUCUUCCCUGAUCACUGUAACUGUGGAGCUGAGGUUAGAGGACUAAAACGGAGUUUGGUAUCAAAUAAUGAAUUAACCUUUUCUAUGUGAGAAAAUGUUUGAAUAAAUUUUUUGUUGUUGUUGUUAGCUGGGUUGGAGGGUGUUUACAUCUUUCCCCUAAAUGGCCAUUCCUUAAACGGAAACAUUUUUUAAAAAUAAAAAAUAUAUAUAAUCACAGUUGGCUUUCAGUCUCCACUGGAACGAUAAUGUUAUUCAGCAAUAUCUUAAAAGUGCUAUAGUUGCUGAGGGCUUGUUCCUGACCAAAGCAUCUCAUUCCCAUCUGUUAGCCAUGUUUUGAAAUCUGUUCAUUCCUAAAAAUCAGCAGGGGCCCAUCAGAGACUGCUUCUGUUAAAGACACCUUUCUUAUGUUUUCAGGUAUUAGACUAAAUUGGCUGAACCACUAUAUAUGGAUUUCCUGUCACAGAUGACAGAGGCUUGAUUUUUCUUGUUCAUGCUAAUCAGGUUACAGUUGGUGGUGAGGGGAGCUUAUUAGGAAAAAAGAAACUUAAGGGCUGAUUUAUUCACAUUGCUGCUCAAGAUGAUUGGUAGGGAACAAGCCUUAGGUAAAGCAUUCCAAGCCUAAAAUAGGAAUAUUCAGUAUGUUAUUGCCUGCUCAAUGAUGGACAUGUUCCCAUUCCGUCCAUGCUGUGGACAAAGUAAGAUUUCUGAACCUUUUUAAUCCUAGAGAGAAGAUAAAGGAAUAGAAGUAAUGAAUUCCUUUGACGUUACCUCAGAAUACCCAAUGUUAGGAGUUCAUACCGUAACUUGUGGUUAAAAUGGUUGUACUUGAAAAGUGCCAAGAUGUUAAAGAAAUUCACUUAAGUGUGUGAAAUUUCAAAUUAUUGCAUUGUAUUUGCACAAAGCUACUGAAACUCCUGUUUUCUCCUGUGACUUAUGCUUUUUAUAAUCUGUGUUGUAUUUAUGAGAUUAAUCAAUUCAUUAAACUAUUUAUAACCCA